AUGUCAGACUUCAAAACGACCUCCGAGGGGAUUGAGGAGAUCUCUCGCCUCGGCCUCGAAUCUUUCGCUCCGACGGAGGCAAUCAUUACUGAUGUGAGGCACUUAGCGUCUUAUAACUGGAUCGAAGCAUCCACACCCACCAUUGCUGUGCCGGGCAGUCCAGCUCAGUGGUCCGCUCCACCAGGGCGCCGUCAAGUGAAGAAAGAUAGUGGCCUUGUUUAUAUCUCUCAGAAUGCCGCUCGUCAUCCCGACAGCCCUCUGGAACCGUUAUUUCGCUCUCUUUACAUUGAGAAUCCCUCGUUUGACAUAAAAUCAAUCGACAUCGUGAGCGACCGAAACAACAUUCGCAAACUUCUGUCAUUUAUCAAGCCGACUCUGAACAAUAAUGGUCUCGAUGCAUUCACCAUCCAGGUGGAUAUGAUCGCUCAGACUGCAAUCUUUUCCCGUGACGAAACCGCCACUUAUGAAGUUAUUGGACCGAGCGAAUUUCGGGGCUUUGGACAUGAAUUUGAAAAAGCCUAUACGAUCAGUCAGAUCAAAGGCAGCACCGGGCACCAUCGCAUACUUUCAUACCGAUUGGGUGGUCUCAGUUUCCUCGUGCGUCAUGAGACAGACGGAUGUGUUAGGGAUCUGAAAUCCAGUGUAAAGGACGAAAAAUCAACAGGGGACAACCUUACCGACAUCCUAAGUUCCUUGUCUAUCACGUCGGAGACCACCUCCAUAGACGAGCCCUCCAUUGAAUCCAACUUGACCAUCAAGAGGGAAGGUCGGAUAGCAUCACGGGAAUCGACCCUAGAGAUCAAGACUCGAGUUUUCCACAAACCCCUGGAGCUAGCAGAAGUUGCUGCUCAGCUUUGGGUUUCUCAAACCCCCAAACUUGUCCGUGCUCACCAUCAGCGUGGAAUAUUUUCGACGCCGAAAGUCGAAGAUGUGACUGUCGCGGUGAAGGACUGGGAAAAGAGCCACCAGGAUACCAUCACAAAACUCGUUGCAUUGAUUAAUUGCAUACUACGAAUGACCAGAGACUGGGGUGGUAGUUCAAGUAUUCGCUAUGAUCCUUUGAAAGACAAGCUCUUGAUCAAGAGGAUCGAGGGAAGGAAGGUGCUCCCGGAGGAUCUUUAUUCUCGAUUGAAAAACACCAUUCCUGCCACUGUCACCCAGAAAGGCUCUGUGCAUGGCCCAGAAGUGACUGAGAAAAGCCCUAAUACUCGGAGAUCUACUGUGGCACUUGACCGCGAUGAAGCUCUUCCGAGCAGUAUCAAAACAGAGCCGGCUAAACUUCGCCGUGUUGCUAUAACCGCACUUGUGAACAAAUCGGGGUCGUAG